UUUUUAUCGCAUAUUUUUCAACAGAAACUAUUGUUUUAAUUGAGUAUCUUAUAGUCAUAAGUUCUAUGUUCAUACAAGAGAAUAGAAAAUGAAGAGAGAGGAUCUCUUCCAUCUCUCUAAAAAUUCAACAACAACUUGAAACCCAUAUGGAAUUCCGGCAACCUGCAUACCGCCAGAAUCAACACCACCUUUUGUGUGUCAAUUGCAACUGCACACAUGGGACCUUUCAUCACUACAGCAAAGGGUAUAGAGACCAAAGCUACCAGCAACAGUGGGAAAAUCCUCAGGGUAGCUCCCAUGCUAGACAGUUCACGGGGAACAGAACAUCUUCCACCCGAGCAGGUACAGGACUCUAUCCAAAUAUGAACUCCCAUAACUCGCGUAGCUCCGCUUCCUACUCAACUCACAGGAAUGGAAAUAACGCCUAUCACACGAGGGCCAAACUUACUGGGACGAAGACGAGAUGCUCAGCGUCGUCAACAACAUCAAACCCAAAUGGGGAAAAACGAUGGCUGGAGCACCGUCAUAUACAGGGGUCGACGACACCCCCUCCAUCCCAAUCACAGACUCCCAUCGCUCCAAAGCACCGAGUCUGAAAUCAACAGGACAGAGGGUAUCAAUAAUCGCUACCAUCGAUUACAAUUCGAAAAUGAAACCCAGCCCUUCGAAUACGAUUUUGACUCCAAGACAUCGGACCUGGUAAACGAAACACACAGAGCUAGAGAAGAGCGCAGUCGAUUUGUGAAAAAUAUAAGGCGAGACAAUCAAAAUGGAAGCCAAACGAGACCGCCAGUAUACGGUGGUUCAAGACUGGCGACCACCGCGCUGGUUGUCCCAACCGUCUCAUCAUCUGGUUCCUCGGCUGAGAAAAUCAACGUCACACAACUGGCUCCAUACAUCGACAGUCUGGAUGUCGAGGAAACAUGUCCAGCGGGUACCGCCCAACUCACAUGGGCUGCCGUUGUGAGGAACGAAACAGACAAAGAUUACAGCAAGGCAGUUUCAAUCUCAGCCCACGCUCCUCUUUCAAAUGAAAAACGAAUUAUUUCACAUAUGGACCCAACUGAAAUAAUCCAGGCAAUGCCAGAUGACUUCUCAAAGGACACAGAUGACACAGAAAAGUUUCACUUCUUUGGAGAGUGACGUGCACUUUGUCGUGAUGUGCACUCAAAAUAAUAAUACAAUACAACACUUAUACGUAGUAUAGCGUAGUAAGGUUCGUAUCCACAGGGAAAGGAAUACUUUUCUUCUUACAGAAAUAGAUAAGUAACAAUAAGGGGGGUUUAUAUUUGAUUGAUGAACUUUAAAUUAUAUUUAAAUACGAAGAUGAACGAGUUAUGUGGUUUAAUUAAUGAGACGAAGACUUGGCUU